UUCACAUCUUUCUCACAGGUCAAGUGUGCCGCUGCUUAUCGAUCUAAACGGCACCUUACUUUAGGCGACGCUAUAAGAACUUGUUGGACGUCCAUCCCAGAAGUGACCCAGUCCCUUUCGCCUCUGCGCGACAUGGCGUCCAACGCCACUGCUUCCGCGAUUCAGGAGACUGGAAGGCUUCCCGGCCCGCGUCAAAGAUGGCCAGUUCGCGCACAGCCGUUUUCUGCGCAGGCUCCGCCGGGCCCAAAGGCCACGCUCGAGGCGGCCGCCGCCGUCGCUCUAGCCUCCGCUCUCGGUGGGCGCCGCCGCCAGCCAAUCGCAGGGCGCGCGUAAUGGCUCCGCCCGCGGAUCAGCUGAGGGACUGCGAUGUCUGUUGACAGCGUCGGCGGCGGCGGCGGUGCCGCCGGUUCCGGGAUCAGCGCGGAGCGUGGGAUGUGAAUCCGAUGGAGCCGGCCGGGGGAAGCGAGCAGCCGCCGCCUGUGCAGCCGUGGGGCCGGCUUCUGCGCCUGGGCGCCGGGCAGAGCGAGCCGCACGUCCUGCUGCGGAAGCGCGAAUGGACCCUCGGACGCCGGAGAGGUUGUGACCUUUCAUUCCCCAGCAAUAAACUGGUCUCUGGAGAUCACUGUAAAAUUGUUGUAGAUGAAAAGUCUGGUCAGGUGACCCUGGAAGAUACCAGUACCAAUGGAACAGUAAUCAACAAGUUGAAGAUUGUUAAAAAGCAAACUUGCCCUUUACAGACUGGGGAUGUCAUCUACCUGGUGUACAGGAAGAAUGAGCCAGAACACAAUGUGGCAUACCUCUACGAAUCUUUGAAUGAAAAGCAAGGCAUGACCCAGGAAUCCUUUGAAGCCAAUAAAGAAAAUAUGUUCCACGUGUCCAAAGAUACCUCAGGUCCAGGGUUGAGUGACGACCCCCAGGUCUCACCACAAUUGCCUGCCACACAGGCAUGCUUGGAAGAACCACAGCCAUCGACAUCAACAUCAGACCUCUUCCUCACAGCCUCUGCCUCUUCCACAGAGUCGACCUGUGCAGGGCGAGAGCAUUCCUCCAGCUCUGAUGGAGAGCUGGAUCUGAACCUACCAGUGCUGGUCACAGACCAGUGUAGAAAUGCCCAGGCCACCCAUGAGGAUACCAGAGCUGCUGCUGUGAAACCAGACAAGAUGGCAGAGACGCUCACGUGCAUCAUCUGCCAGGAUCUGCUACAUGACUGUGUGAGUUUGCAGCCUUGUAUGCACACCUUCUGUGCAGCCUGCUACUCUGGCUGGAUGGAACGCUCAUCCCUGUGCCCCACAUGCCGCUGUCCAGUGGAGAGGAUCUGUAAAAACCACAUCCUCAACAACCUCGUGGAAGCAUACCUCAUCCAGCACCCAGACAAAAGUCGCAGUGAAGAAGAUGUGCGCAGUUUGGAUGCCAGGAAUAAAAUCACUCAAGACAUGCUGCAACCCAAAGUCAGGAGGUCUUUUUCUGAUGAGGAAGGGAGUUCAGAUGACCUGCUGGUUCUGUCAGACGUUGACAGUGAAUCCUCAGACGUAAGCCAGCCAUACAUUGUGUGCAGACAGUGUCCUGCACACAGAAGGCAGGCGGCACAGCCCCUUUCCUGUCCAGCACCAGAUAGCACAUCCGAGGCCCUGCAGGCCCUUGAGGGGGAUGCACCGUCCACCUCCACCAGCCUCACCCCAGCAACCCAGGAAUACGUGUGCCCUGUUCAAGGAAGCCACGCCAUAUGCACCUGCUGUUUCCAGCCCAUGCCCGACCGGAGAGCAGAGCGUGAGCAGGACCCCCGUGUCCCACCCCAGCAGUGUGCAGCUUGUCUGCAGCCCUUCUGCCACCUGUACUGGGGCUGUACCCGGACCGGCUGCUCUGGCUGCCUUGCCCCGUUCUGUGAGCUCAACCUAGGGGACAAGUGUCUGGAUGGAGUGCUGAACAACAACAACUACGAGUCAGACAUCCUGAAGAAUUACCUGGCAACCAGGGGUCUGACGUGGAAAAACAUAUUGACAGAAAGUCUCAUGGCUCUGCAGCGGGGAGCAUUUUUACUGUCUGAUUACCGGGUCACUGGAAAUACAGUGUUGUGCUACUGCUGCGGCCUGCGCAGUUUCCGAGAGCUGACCUAUCAGUACCGGCAAAACAUUCCUGCUUCUGAAUUGCCAGUGGCUGUGACCUCCCGUCCUGAUUGCUACUGGGGCCGUAACUGCCGCACUCAGGUGAAGGCCCACCACGCGAUGAAAUUUAAUCACAUCUGUGAGCAGACAAGGUUCAAGAAUUGAACAUCAGGGAAACAGCACAGAACCUUUUGAGGCAACACUGCAUGUUGAAAAUACAGACCUCUGAGGGUAUUUUUCCAUCUCAGCAAGGCCAGCUGGGCUCUCAGGUCAGGUGCUGUGGAGGGGCUUCUCCUGCUGUGGAGCUUUAACCUGAGUGAGAGUCCCCAGGCGGCCUGGCAGGGGGGGUGGCAGCACCACCCUCCCGCUGAGCGUGCACGGCUGAGCCCACACUCAAGCCUCCUUCUGGACUGAUAGUUGUGCGUACCUCUGCAAGUGGGGACAGUGCAGGUUUGGUCUUUUUGUCCCUUUUCUAUAACUGCAGUUAAAAUGGAAAUCUCUUUUCAGGAAAAUUUCAUGGAAGAAGGGAAAGUGUGUCAGAAGUGCUCUCUUAGGGAAACGGAGCAUAAGUUUACAGCAUACAGGAUGUUCAGAACACUCCGCUGUUGGGACAACCACAGCCUUUUAUAUAUUUUUUAUUUUAAUAGCUUUGGUGCUUAUCUUCUAAUAAGAUUUAAAUAUCACAAACAGUAGCACAAAUAAUAUAAUUUAUAAUUUACAGAUUGACUAAAUUGGGGAUAGUAUGUAUAUUUGAAAGUUUCUGAUUAUUUAAAAAAAAAAAAAAAACGCUCAAAUGUCCCAGUCUGCUAACUCUGGAUGUGGAUGAAGGGUUGGCGGCUCCUUGCUGAUAUGCAUGAGAUGUGUCACUGCUGUCCCCAGUGCUAGGCUGGCCCCAGGCUGUCGAGG